AUGGACAACAUUAUACAAUACAGGGAUAAACUAUAUGACGAAACAGCGCUGAGAUUGAAAAAGACCCAAGAGAAGCAAAACGAAUAUCACAAUACCACCCGCGAAGUCCCACCAGCCCUAGAUCCCGGCGAAACAGUCUACAACAAGAUUCAAGGAAUGAAAUCCAAAAUCAAGGACCGAUACCAACAGAUACAAAUGCUGACGAAUACUUCAAUCACACUCAUCCUGUUCCUGUGUAUCCGGUUAUCCUAUCCACAGUCCAUCCGAAUCCUGAACCUUCAGCAAAACCCUGGCCUUCUCACACUCGAAACUGGCUACAGUUUCAUAAAACUUGGAAACCACAAACUGUUUCACAUACAACAAACGCAAAUAAAAAAUAAUAUUAUAUCAGCUAGAUUAGAGAACGAAGCUAGCAGAAAUUUUCAGAUAUUCAGAGAAGUCAUAAAGAUCAAUUAUAAUUUAGACAAUUUGAAAUUCCAUUUAGAAGAUUUGUCCGAAUCAAUACAAUUAGCAAAAACAAAUAUCAUUUCAAAACAAAUAUUAUCUGUCGACGAGCUAGGAUUAAUUUCAAAUCUUUUAGAACAACAAAACGUUAGGAUAGACAGAACCGAUCAAAUUUAUAAUUUUCUAGGUUUAUCCGCUUUCUUUAAUAAUUCUAAAAUAAUAUUUGUAGUAUCAAUUCCAAGAAUAGAAAACUCCACUUAUACAGAAUUUCUUUUAGAACCCAUUCCUUUGUCAAAAAGAAUAUUAAAACUUCCAGCCAGUGUUGCUUUGCAAAACGAUAACAAAACAUACUUCAUCAAGGACGAAUGCCAACACAUCGGGAAGACUAAGCUGUGUAGCCUCAACAACCUCAUCGACAUCUCCAGAGACCUGUGCUUCUCUAAAUUACUAAGAGGACUAUCAGGAAACUGUACUUUCACAAAAAGCCACUCACCCACAGAAAUUAAAAGAAUUAUGGAUGAUCAUAUUAUUAUCAAAAAUAUCCACGACGUGAAAAUCGAGUCAAACUGCGGACUUACUAGUCGAAACCUGUCUGGUACGUAUUUGGUAGAGUUUCAUAACUGCUCCGUUUUUAUAAACGACACUGAAUACAACAAUGUCGAAGUAUCCAAAUCAGAACCUACAUUUAUCAUGCCAUUGGACGGUCUACAUAUCAAUGAACAAACACUAGAAACCAAAGAUAACAUUGAAGAAAUCCAUAUCAAAAAUAGGCAUCAUAUCGAAACAAUAACCAGACAACAUAAAAUUCAGACAUACACGUCACUUAGUAUGUCGAGCAUUUGUCUUUUCCUUAGUUUCGUUACAGGCCUUUUGUGGAUCUUCAAGAGACGAAGACAAAUAUCGCUUUUCAUAACAACAUCCACGAACAGUAAAAUCACGAAUCGGGACGAUUCGUCUUCAAAAGGGGGAGUAGUUAAGAACGAACCCGCCAGGACCCAUUCAACCCAUCAUGGCAUCAAUUCUUUAUCCAUAUUAUCAUCAUCGUCAUCAUCCAUAAUGACGACAACAACAACAACAACAACAAACCCGACGACGAUAGCAAGUGGCCAUUUAGCAUGGAAACCAACUCAAUCAACAUCCGGCCAAACUUAG